CCGCGCAAGGCACCCGCUCAACCCGAUCAAUCCCCAACCAUGAUCCCUCGAUCCAAACACAUCCACCACAUCUCCAAAUCAUUCCUCCAUUUACACGCAAGGUCAAUGUCCACCAAACGCGCAGUCCACCCCGUCUCCGCCUCCUCCUUCUCAAAAACCUCCUCCCUAUACGACUCCGCACGGCCCUCCUACAUCCCCGCCGCCGUCGACACACUCCUCACCAACCUCAAUCUCACUCCGAAUCCCAACACCGCUGAGAAGAGGAGGAUCCUGGAGUUAGGCGCCGGAACGGGAAAGUUCACCAAACUCAUCCAAGGGCGUGGAUACCACAUAACAGCCACCGAACCCGCUCCCGGGAUGUUGGAGGUUCUGCGGCAAAACGUGACGGAUAAGGAUGUGAAAGUAGUUCAAGCCGACGCAUACGACAUCCCCCUUCCAUCGGAGAGUGUGGACGCCGUUAUAGUCGCUCAGGCAUUUCACUGGUUCGCUGAUCGCGACGCACUCCGAGAAAUCCACCGUGUGCUCAAACCAAAGGGACGGCUCGGUUUGGUGUGGAAUUAUCACGACGUAGAUGGAUCCGUCGCCGGGCUGCAGCUGAAUGAGGAAGAGAGGGAGAAAGUACAGGGGUGGUAUCAAGAAAUCGUGGGACUAUUCACGAAAUACGAGAAUACCGCUCCACAAUACCGUCACGGAACCUGGCUCCGCGCAUUCGACACUUCAUCCGGUGAAAAACAAUUCUUCACCACACCCCUCGCCCACACACGAAUCCCAUAUACCCUAACACCCACCCCAACACAACUCCUGAAUCGGGUGAAGAGUAUGUCUUACAUCUCCACCCUCCCCGCCGAGAAGCAGGAGGAGUUGAUGGCACAGAUUAUGGGUGUGUUAUGGAGAGCGAAAGAGGGGAGGAUUGUUACGAGGGAGAGGGUUGAUGUUUAUUGGACGGAGAGGAUUGGUUGAUACCCGUGAUUGAAUGGUUGUGAUGAUGGAUUUUAGUAUACCGAGAUACCUAUAUAUGCUCCCGUCAAAAUAACGAAA